AUAAACAGUGCAUCUAUUCAGUCUUCUUUGAGAGUUGGAAUCAUUCACCUUUGUCAAAUGGAAAAAUUCAAUUGCUUCUCUUUAUUGACCAGGAGGAAAAAGAAAGAUAAGGGGGAUGGUGCAUCUUCAAAAGCUGGUGAACAAAAGAAAGGGGUUAGAACCCUCCAAAUUAAGCUCGAAAAAAAGGUGCAGCCUUUUGAGAAUGAUGAAUUGAAAUCAACAACUUUUACCGUCCCUGUACCUGUUGGCUUUCAGGAGGAUUCUCUUUGCAAUGUCAAGGUAAUCAGCCAUGAGAGUCCUGUUGGAUGUGAUGCAGCAGAAAUAGCAUACGAAGGUGAAGAUGAGCAUGAAGAGAAUGCCUCAAUUAAGAGAGAAUUCUCCGACUUUAAUCUCCAAUACCAUUUGGCCAAUUCAGGUAAAGAAGAAUUUGAAUUCAGAACUACAAGGUUGGCUUCUUCAGAUUCAUUUGAAACUGAAGCAAAGGAAGAGUUUCUCAACAAAGCAGAGAAAGAUGUUGAUAAGGUUGUUGAUAUGAUACAAAGUGGACAUAUCAGUGAUCCAGGGAUCGGGCGGGCUGAGUUCUGGGCUUCACCAAAGCUUAAGCGCUCUUGCUCUAAUUUGGAGACAAGGGAUGUGCUAAGAAAUGUAGCUGCUCAGUUGCCUCCUACUACGUCUCAGUCCUUUGAAGAAUUGCAUGAGUUAUCUGCAAGAUCAAGGGACAAUCCCUGUAGCCCUGCUUCUGUAAUGACUUGUUGCAGUGCUGACAGAGUCAUGUUGAAAAAACAUUCUUCCAGUCAAGUUCUGCCAUCAAGAAGCAAAAGGUUAUGGUGGAAAUUGUUCCUAUGGAGCGACCGGAACUUACACAAACAUUGGACGACAAAACCACAGCCUCUUCCUGUCACUGCUACUUUGAACCAGCUUGGUGGCUACUCUUCAGAUACAAUUGAGCCACAUCAAGCAACGAAACUGAGCAAGGUGGAAUCACCUGGAUCAUUUACUGCAGAGUCCUCGAACAAAGACUUCACUAGGAAUUGUAAUGACAACCAGAGCUGGAACGGUUUUCAUAUAGGAGUUUCUGGUUUAUGGCCCCAGAACCAAUGGGUUGCAUUCCCUGCUUCAUCAUCAUCUUUCACAAGAGUAGAUGAGUGGGUGAGAGAUCUUGAUACCCAAAUCAAAAAGCCUGCUGAUGAUGUGAAUGGCAAAGAGGUCAUAACCUUUCCGCCUUCUCCUGACACUGGUAAAUCACCAGCAAGAAGCACAACCAACUUGACUCGCCGUUCAGAUAUCAAUCUCUCUGAAGAGAUUUUACAUGACAAUAGCGUCAUUCAGACUCUCAAUUCUUCCUCAACUGUUGCUCACAUUUCAGGAAUAGGUUUGGAAGCUAUUCCAGUCAUUGCAGGUUUCUCCAGCCUUCGGUCUGUCAACUUGUCAAACAACUUUAUAGCCCAUGUUACUCCAGGAUCACUGCCAAAGGGCCUUCACACACUCAACUUGUCAAGAAACAAGAUCAACACCAUUGAAGGACUUAAAGAACUAACUCGGUUGCGAGUAGUUGACCUCAGUUACAACCGCAUUGCUCGAAUUGGGCAUGGGUUGUCAAACUGCACCUUGAUCAAAGAACUGUACCUUGAUGGCAACAAGAUAAGUGAUGUUGAAGGGCUACAUAGGCUCUUGAAGUUAAAAGUCUUAGACCUCAGCUUCAACAAGAUAACAACAACAAAAGCGCUGGGUCAGCUUGUUGCCAACUACAAUUCAUUGCAAGCAUUGAAUCUGUUGGGAAAUCCAGUUCAGAGCAACAUUAGUGAUAACCAGCUGCGCAAGACAGUGUGUAGCUUAUUCCCUAAGCUGAUGUACCUGAACAAGCAACCCAUCAAACCACAGAGGGCAAGGGAAAUGCUCACUGAUAGCGUUGCCAAAGCUGCCAUAGGGAGUGGCAGUCGGAGCUCUCGAAGAAAAACAGUAAAAAGAGCAAGCCAAGGUGGAUCAACAUGCUCCAGUGCGCAAAGAAGUAGUGUAGCUAUUGAGCAGGAGAACAAAAAUAAAUCAAAGAGCCGAAGUCGUCAUCACUUAUCUGUGAAGUCAGCUGCACAAGCUUCUUCAUCCCAUUAGAUUUUGCCAGUAAUUUUUCUGAA